GGCGUUUUUGCGACGCACCUCUGCUCCGAACUUCGACCCAGUGCUAAUCUGUGGUCCUGUCUGAGUUUUUAAGAGAUGGCUCUCCGUCUGUUGGAAGUUUUGUUUUUCUUUUAUUUUUUCUCCCACAUCCCGAUAACAUUAUUUAUUGAUCUCCAGGCCCUCCUACCGGGACACGUGUACCCCGAGCUGCUGCGGGAUCUCCUCCGGUGGUAUGCUGAGGAGUUCAAGGAUCCUAUGGUUGUGGACCCCCCUGAGUGGUUCCGGUCGUUUAUUUACUGUGAGGCGCUCCUGCAGACGCCCUUCUUCCCAGUUGCAGCUUACGCCUUCCUCAAAGGUGACUGUAAGUGGAUCCGGAUUCCUGCCAUUGUGUAUUCCACACAUGUAGCCACCACACUUGUUCCCAUCCUUUCCCACAUCCUCUUCCAUCAGUUCCCUGUCGAACCCCAUCCGGGUCCCCAAACCCCACAGGAGCGCUGGCUACUGGUCUCAAUCUAUGCACCGUACCUGCUGGUGCCUGUGCUGCUGCUCCUCACCAUGCUGCUGUCCCCCGCCUACAACUCCAGCUCCAAGCCUGGAAACUCCUCAGCCAAAACCAAGAAGAGCAAAUGAAGCAAUACCAGAUCUGAACUGUGUGAUUUGAUUUUAACUGACAGCAUCCCAACAACUCUGAGAACACAUGUUGAAUGAGAAAGAUGUAUUUGUGUGUGUGUGUGUGUGUGUGUGUGUGUGUGUGUGUGUGUGUGUGUGUGUGUGUGUGUGUGUGUGUGUGUGUGUGUGUGUGUGUGUGUGUGUUUGAGUGCAUGCGUGCAUGCAUGUGUGUCAGAACUGCUGCUGGUAAAUAAGACAAGUUGACGAGCUACAGGUGAAACUGGAAAACAUAUGUUUAAAACAUAUAGAUUAUGAUGUAAAAGUCCACUUAUGUCACUCAUCUUAGACUGAGAGACCAUCUAAAGGCUCAGGAAUCCUCUGUAGCUGUUGUAGAUUCAUUAGCUGAUUAGAGUGUGACACAUUGAGUCUAGAAUAUUGAACCUUUUCUCAAUAUUCAAAUGAUGUGAUAUUCUGAAUGAAGGGUUUUCAUAAACUGUGAUCAUUAUCAUCAGAAUUAUAACAAAUAAUGAUUCAAAUAUGUAGCCUAGAAUCUAGAUCGUCAUUUGUCAAAGCAAAAUGUGCUUGACGUUUCCUACAUAUUCAUGUAUAGGAUGGCUUUGCCAAGCUAUGAAAUAUCUGGCUUUGCAUUGAAUGAGUCUGUCCCAUAUUAGUUUCACCUUUUAAGUUGAAUUACUGACAUAAAAGAACUUUUGCACCAGU